UUCGACUAUUGUUCCUUCCUCAACCGUUAGGAAAUAAAAACUUGUUGCAUAAAUUAUUACUUAAUCUUUGUGAGAAUAGCAAGACACGCGGUGAAUUAAUUUCUAUGUUGUUAUCUGUUCUUUUUGAUGGUAGCGGAGACGUUUCCGCGGUCGAUAAAAGUUUUGCACAAAUGUCUUUAAAAGCUAAAGGAACACAGAAGGGAACACCAAGAAGACAGUCAAGUGUUCCAAAUUCAUCAUUAGCACAAAUAACUCAAGCUGCCGGAGAAAAUGUGCCCAAUUUAAUUGCACAGAGAUGUUUAGAAGCAUUAACAUAUAUUGUAACAUAUAAUGAAGCUUCAGUUACGUAUUUCUUGAUGGAACACGAUAAUAACAUCGGUCUUAAAAGAUCUAACAGCCGAAAAGGCAAAGAGAAACAAGCAAAGACACUAAGCAAAUAUCCAGUAGUGAUACUACUAAGUUUACUUGAUCGUCAAGUGUUUAUUAAAAAUACUGCUUUAAUGGAUCAGUUAAUGCAUUUACUUUCGUUCGUUUUGCGUCCUUUAUCUACAUUGACAAAGAAAGAUUCUAACAAUACUGCUGGAGAUUCCGGUGGACAAUCGAAUGACAAUAGCAAUGGCCCUGUGACACAAAGCACUAAUACUGAGAAUCAUUCUGCUCCAGAGACAAAUAAUGAUCCGCCACAGAAUAACGUAAACUCAGAGACCAACAAUAAUAUACCUUCAAGAGCUUCUGCAAGCGAAGCUUCUCGGAAUCAAACAACAGUUUCGACGUCUUCAGAACCAGCGCAACCUAUUCUUAAACCACCAGUUAUACCCGAUUAUUGUUUACGCCUUGUAGUUAAUGUUCUUACUGCUGGCGAAUGUACAAGUAAUACUUUUAAAUACACACUUUCAGUUAUUCAACAUCUUUCAACUUUAAGUGGAGCCCGUGAUGUUAUUACAUCAGAAUUAGUUGAUCGGGCUCAAUCACUUGGAAAUGAUAUACUUGAUGAUCUGGAUGAAUUAGCUCAAAUUUUACAAGAUGCGGACACUGGCGUUGAUGUACAGGGUGUCACUUUAGCCAAAUUUUCACCAUCAUCAUCACAACAAGCAAAAUUGUUACGUGUUCUCAAAACUAUCGAUUAUAUGUAUUCUCGCAAGCAACAAUCAGCAACUAAUGCUUCAACAAACGCUCAAGUGUCAUUGGCUCCCACGGUAGAUCCGGAUGAAGUUGAUGUUGUGGCACCAAGAACGUUAUUGGAUGGUGGCAGAGGCUCUAAACUGACCGAAGAUGAAGAAAAAGUUAUGAGAAUUUACGAUAGUCUUAAUUUCACAGAACUUUGGAAAAAACUCGGCAGAUGUUUGACCACCAUACAUGAAAAACCUGACAUGAUUCACGUGGCAACCGUUCUCUUGCCACUCAUAGAGUCACUUAUGGUUGUAUGUAAAUAUGUGGGAAUGGCACCUUCUACUCAAAAGGCAACAUCGUCCGAAUCACAAGCAUCCUCGGAAAGUAUGGAAGAACUAUUCUUCACGUUCACUGAAGAUCAUCGAAAGAUUCUUAAUACGAUGGUCCGAAACAAUCCAUCAUUAAUGAGUGGAUCUUUCUCAUUACUUGUACAUAAUCCAAAAAUUCUUGAAUUUGACAACAAACGAAACUAUUUCAAUCAACAACUUCAUAAACGAACAAACACUCGUGAUCAUUAUGGUACUUUACAACUUAAUGUUCGUAGACAGUACGUAUUUGAAGAUUCCUACCAAAACUUGCAAAGAAGAACAGGAGACGAAAUUAAAUAUGGUAAACUUAGUGUUCGUUUCUACGAGGAAGAAGGUGUAGAUGCUGGUGGAGUGACGAGAGAAUGGUUCCAAGUUCUCGCUAGACAAAUGUUUAAUGAAAACUAUGCAUUGUUUAAAACUUCGGCAGCAGAUAGAUUAACAUAUCAGCCAAAUAGAGCAUCAGGUGCAAAUCCAGAACAUUUAUUAUUCUUUAAGUUUGUUGGUCGUGUUAUUGGCAAAGCCAUUUAUGACGGCAGACUUUUGGAUGCUUAUUUUACUCGUUCAUUCUAUAAACAUAUUCUUGGUAAACCUGUUGACUACCGAGAUGUCGAAGCCAUUGACCUGGAGUAUUACAAUAGUCUUGUAUGGAUGUUGAAUAACGAUAUAACUAAUGUUGUUGAAUUAACAUUUAGUGUUGUAACUAAUGAUUUUGGUGAAGAGAAAGUUAUUGAUUUGAAACCUAAUGGCAGAAACAUUUCAGUGACAGAUGAAAAUAAGCGAGAGUAUGUUAUGCUUGUUACAGAGCAAAGACUUACAUCGGCUAUCAAAGAUCAAAUAGAGCAUUUUCUUGCUGGUUUCCAUGAAAUUAUUCCUGCACAUUUGAUUAGCAUAUUUAAUGAGCAAGAAUUAGAACUUCUUAUAUCAGGAAUGCCAGAUAUUGAUAUUGAUGAUUGGAAAAAUAAUACUGAAUAUCAAAACUAUACUGCUUCAUCGCCUCAAAUACAAUGGUUCUGGAGAGCUGUACGGAGCUUUGAUCAAGAAGAGAGGGCAAAACUUUUACAAUUUGUUACAGGUACAUCUAAGGUACCGUUAGAAGGCUUCUCGGCUUUACAAGGUGUUCAUGGAGUUCAGAAGUUCCAAAUUCAUAAAGAUUUCUCAAGUCCAGAUCGACUCCCUUCUGCUCAUACAUGCUUUAAUCAAUUGGAUAUUCCUGAAUACGAAGAUUACGAGCAGUUAAGGUCGCAAUUAUUAUUGGCAAUUUCGGAGGGAACAACAGGAUUUG